AGUGGCCAUCAACGGUAUCUCAGUUGAGAAAGAUCUGUCAGAUCAGACUAUCAAAAAGGUUAGAGAUCUUUGAGUAGAGGGUGAACGUGCUCUUUUCUGCCUUGCAAAAACUUGAAUUGGAAUUUCACCUGUAUUUUUCCUAUUUUUUCUUCCGUUUUCUUACCUGUACCAUUUUAAUCACUCAACAACAAUUUGUGGAGAACGCGUCCACUAAAUAUUGGCCGUAUUGUCAUUGGAGUGAGACAGGUGCUACUAAACCGAAAGAAAAAAAAGAUUAGACCACAAUUAUGUGAAUGUACACAAGCUGGUGCGAAAUACAUUCCUGAUAAAAAAUGAGCCUCGUAGCGUACGAUAGUAGCGACGAGGGAUCCGAAAACGAAGAUAACGAGCUUGCGGUAGCCGUUGCCGUGAAUGAUGUGAAUAAGGAUGCAACGGAAGCUAUAACUGUGCAAAUAAAUGCAAAAUUGUCGUUACCUGCCCCGAGGAUGAUUUCGCAAAUUACAAACGAUGAAGAGGAAGAUAAUAAUAACGCAGAACCUAACUUCGUACAACUUCUCAGUACACUGCCGAAGCCCAGAGAUCCUAUUUCUAUGGAAAAUAUUGAGGAAGUGGAGGACGAUAUUUUAUUGAAGAAGGAAACUGAAAGUCAAAUCCCAAAGCCAGCAAAGAAACAAACAGUGAAAAUAUCAGUGCCUUCUUUAUUGGAGUUUAAGGAUCUUGAAGAAGAGAAUGAGAAGAAGCCAGCCAGAAUUGUACAACCGUCACAAAAAGGUUGUGGUCUCUUUACUGUCCUGGUACCGCCAAAAGGAGAGACUGCAAGCAGUAAGACACUAAUACCUCAGGUUGUUAAAAAUGCAACGGUGAAAACAAAUAUACAGCAAUCGAAAAUGAUGAGAAAAUCCAGUACAAGUCAGAGUGAUUCUAUAGUAAAGAAACAAACUUCAGAUAAAUCGCAUGAUGAGUUGAGUUCUGAUGAAGAAGAGGCGUCAAUAGAUUUCUUCGGUUUAGCUGUAGAUAAAGAUAUACCAGAUAGUUCCACAACAGGAUUAUUAGACUCCGAAUUGAUUUCGGAUGACAUACAUAAAUCAAGUGUUGAAGAUUCGUUCGUGAGACAGAUAAAAGCCAAUGAUAUGAUACACGAUUCUUCCUCUAGUGUUUUAUCAAGCGGACAGUCAAACAAGAUAUUAAUAAGUAACGUUAUAAAUUUACCUAAGGAAGAAAUUUUACUGAAAAAUAAAGCGGAGGUUGGUCCAAAACUACCUGUUCCUGAACAAGAAUAUAACGUUGACGUGGAGGGCAAUGUUGCCUUCGAUGAGAAAGCAAUUGAAUAUCUUUGUGGAAAACGAGGUAUAAAACGCAAAGAAAUCGCCGAAGCGGAUAUAAUAGAGAUAAAUGGAGAGGAUAUAAAGCCAGAUGAAAGGGAAUGGCUAGUGAAAGCAUUAACAGAAGAGCCUGUACAAAGGCCGGUGUCUAUGCAGAGUUGCGGAGUCAAUUCUCAAUCUAAGAAGAAACAUCAAAUAACUUAUCUGGCGCAUCAAGCCAAAGCCAUGGAACUAGAACUCAAGAAUCAGUGGUCUCAGAAUAGAAUGGCACGGAAACAGACAAAAUCGAAAUAUGGUUUCUAAAAAUAAAUUUGUACAAGAUUUUCUUAACAUCUGCACAUAUGUUUUAUUUUUAAUGUAAAUUAAUGAUAGAAAAUAUGUAUAAAAAAAAUAAAGAUAUCGCGAAUAUAUAUAUGAAAAUAUAUUGAAAUUCA